AUGAAUCAGGCUGCCACCGAUGAGAUAGAUGCUGCAGUGAAGGCAGCAAAGGCACCAGGUGCUCCACUGGUGAGUUCCAUCAACCGGGUGUUCACUAUUUUACGGUCCCACAAGCUCAUGCUGGAACAGCAAAUAGAGCCAAGCUUCAUUGGCAUCCAUGGCAUGAACAGGGAUGGCCAUGGAAUUGCUUGGAAAGACGCAGAGCGUCUUCUGCAGGCCAUCCUAGAUGUUGGCUUUGAUGCAGGAUCGGUGAUUCAGCCCACCUGCAGUGAGCGCAUGCCUGGUGACAAUGAAUCCCAUGUCUUCAAUGAAAGAAUCUCGCAAGAGUCCCGUGGCCGUGUCCCAUCGAUCUCUGACCAGCAUCUGAAGUACUUGAGCCUAUCCUGCAGCCACCUCAACACCACUCUGCGGAUGAUUGCAGCUGGUGCCAAAUGCAGCGAAGAGCUGUCAUGCAGUGAGAACGGAAGUAUAAGCAUGCACAAGGUCGAGAAGAAAGAUCCAACCUAUGCAUCCUAUGCCAGGAGUGGGCUGAGGUGGAAUGUCAUCAGCCACCAUGUGAUGAGCAAAUGGCCUGAAUUGGCACAGCUUGUCCAGGCAGCCCUGAACACAGGGAGCGCUGUUGCGAAGGAGGAGCACGAGAUGCAGAUACUCCUGAGGAUCGCUCGCAAACUUUCUGCAGGCCCAUGCCAGUGGGACCAGGUCAAGCAGGAGCUGCAGAGAAGCAAACCGAGAUGCAUGCAAGCAAUGCCGCACAUGUUCACAUUCUGUGUCCUGUACGGAUCCACGUUGCUGGAACGCACCACCAGAAUCGUGGCAUCGUCGAAUGCACCAAGAAGGCAUGCCCUUUUGGCCUGCGCCUACACGACCCCUGCAGAGAAGUUGAUAUCUGCAGGCGAUGCCAGAAAGCUUGCAGCCAAGGGAGCGGCUGAGGGCAUCGAGAAGGCCAAUGGCCUGAUGAAGGAGAUCCACAACAUGGUAGUCUCUAUGGUGCCUUCUUCUCAAGUGCCCACCUUAGCACCACUCCUGGGGCUGUUUGAGUCGCAGCUGGUCUACUUGGCAUUGGACAAGAAGCACAAGGACAUCACGGUCAUGUCGACCAUGGAGCAUGCCUGUUUGGCACUUUGCAAGGAGGUUCAUGAAGCAGUUGGAAUCACUCUGUCAAAGCAGUGGGACCAUUUGGAUGAUCCCAGUGGUCAAACUGGCAAGGCCAGCGCAAAGCGGCUGAGCAAGCCGAGGGAGUAUGACAGCACAGGGAAGUUGAAAGAUCCCUUUGUGCUGCUCCACGAGUGUGGAUUUGUUCCAGGUGCAUGGAUUGCAAGGAAGCAAGACAAGUUGGUGGCCAAGCUUUUGAAACUUGAGAAUGACCAGGUGACCAUCGAGUGCGAUGGUGAUCAAUAUAUUGCCCAAAUGUCGGCAUUCCUGGAAAACAAGUGGAAGCUCACAGAUGAGCCAAAGGCCAAGGAGGAAGCGGACCAUGUGGCAAAGGCCGCCUUCAAUAGCCCUGAGCUGGCGGUGGCUGUGACCAAAGGCAAGAUCAUGGAGAAGCUCAUUGAUUUAGAAAGGCAGCACAAGGCCUCCCUGAACAAGAUCAAGGUCUUCACAAAGCCAUCCAAGAUGGUGGAAGCUUCUGCAGAGGUGGAAAAGGGGAAGCUCACCCUGGUGCCAGCCACGAACGUGGUGCAGGCCCACAAUGAGCCGAGGAAGGGCCUGCAGCUGGGCAUGUGCGGCACCGCAGACAGCCACUUCAGCCUGGGGGCUCCUGCAGGCAAGGUUGUCGUGCCGUGGUGGUACGUGAAAUCGACCAACGACACUGAGAAGGCCAACAUGGAAAUCAUUUCCGCGUUGGACCCACAUGAUCCCAACAAGAACCUGAAGGUUCCUUUGAUGAAGAACAGCAAGCCCCUCGAGAUUGGGGAUGUGCUGAUGCGAUAUGAGCAGAAGACUGAGGAGAUCCCCGAGGAGUUAGUCCCAAUGCCGGCUGCUGGAUCAGCAAACCCCAAGUCUGGUCCUGCCCCGAAGAAGCGUAGGAUUGGCAAAGGCCAAGGUGAGUAG